AUGUGUGGCCACUUCGAUCCAGUCAGGAGAAUCCCCCAACGAAUAAACAGAACUACCACUUACGCCGACCUAAUCAUAGAAGCAAUUAGUACCUCCCCAGAAGGACGAAGUACCACCCAAGAAAUCUUAUCUUAUCUAGCCACCACCUACCCCCACGUCCUCCUCCCCGAACUCUCUCGUACCUGGCAGAGCUCCAUCCGCCAGAACCUCUCCCGAGACCCCCGCUUCAUCCGACUCACCCAUCCCGGCCAUCCCUCCGAAUGGAUUUACUUCCCACCCGCCGAUCUCCCCAGCACUUCCCCACCAACUUCACCCAAUCCCAACCUGCCCCCAUCUCCACCUAAUACUUCCCCAAAUAGUAAUAAUAAUAACACUACACUUAAUGAUCUCUUUAAUGACUUCCAACUACCAAGGCAAACAACAAAAGACGAAAAUUGA